CUAGAAGAGAAAGAAAUGAAAUCAAUAGUCAAACGAUAUCAGAGCAUUCAAAUAGUGAAACAACUACAGAUAGUAAUGCGCCAAUACGUUCUAGUUCUAGAUUAAGAACAUCUAAAAUGAAAGAUAACAGAGCUGAAGUAAUUGAAAUCAAUUCAGAUGAUGAAGCAGUAUUCGAAUCUGACGAAGAAAUUGGUAUCAUCAGACGUCCAACCAAACGUCGAUUAAUUCAACAUCCCUCAGAAGAAGAUAAGUCGGAUGAAACCAAGACAAGAAAGCAUACAUUAAAUUCUACUGAUUCAACGACAUUACGAAGGCGGUCUAUGAGAUCACCUAUCAAUACAACCUUGAUGACUCCGUUAAAAAUUCAUAAAACGCCUAUGAUCGAAUAUGACUCAUCCACAUCACCUAUUAGAAAAAUUCCUGAAUGUGCCAUCAAGAUAUCUAAAGAACCUGAAAAGUUAAUGUCACCUUUUAAAAGAUUAUAUUCAGAUAAAAGAGCAUUUGAAGAUUCAAAUCAAAAUCAACAUAAUGCAUGCGUUGAGGGAAGUCGUUUAUAUAAGAAACUUAAAUCAAAAAAUGAAAUAGAUAAUGAAAAGGGCUCAAAUGAGAUAGUGACCUAUGGCAACGAAAGUGAUAAACAGAAUAUACCCAUUUUAUCCUAUCCUAAAGAAACAUCUCCCACUUCAACUAAACAAAAUGCCGAGAUAAAUGAUAGCUCAUGUGUGAAGGAAAAGUCUUUUAUUGAAAGACUAUCUGAACGUACAAGCCAAGCAGCACGAAGGGAUUUAAUUAAAAAGUAUUUAAAUAUGAAUCAAGAUAAGAUCCCCAAGGAAGAGGAUACAGAUAAUACCCUAUUAUUUAAUUCUCAAAAUAGUGGAAUAAAAGCGAAUACGACUCGUGAUGAACCGUCAUUAUCUCCUUUGAAAGAUGCUGAUAAACAACAGAAGAAGCAGCAGCAGCAGCAGCAGCAGAAAACAAGUCUUAAGAUGACGGGAGAUACUUUAUCAUCUGUCAAUCAAGAAAUUAUUCAUCUUGACAUGGAUGAUGAAAAAGAAAAAUGUAAAUAUCGAGCAACGAGUCAUGAAUCAUUUACAAGAUCUACGCAUCCUAUAAAGACGUCUCCUAAAACAUCUUCACCUAUACCUAUUCAAGUACCUUUAAAGUCAUCAUCAUCUCCUGUGAAGGAUAUAAUAACAGUAACAUUACACGAUCAAAUGGAUGAUUAUAAGCCAGAGCCUAUUGGGAAUGAUGAGCAUCUAUUGAUGUAUCCCUUUGACGGUAAAAAUUCCAUCACUCUUUACGAAAGAGAUUAUAGUCGACUUGAUGAAGGAACUUAUUUGAAUGAUACCCUGAUUGAUAUCUUUCCCAAGAUUUGGGCGAAUGAUUAUCCAAGCACAAAUAUUCAUACUUUUAGCUCAUUCUUUUUUACAAAACUAUCUGGAUCUGCAGCAACAGCAAUCCAAUAUGACACUGUUAAAAGAUGGACUGCUAAUAUAAAUAUUUUUGAAAAGAAGUUUGUUGUAGUGCCAGUUGCUCAAAACAAUCAUUGGUUUAUCAUUCUUGUCGUGAAUCCUAGUCUUUGUAUUCCGAAUAGUAAAGAUACUUGUGAGGAUGGACAUAAAAGUAAAGUACUUUAUGCCGGAGAAGUAUUAGAUCGAGAAAAGUAAGUUAUAUACAUGUAUAUAUAUAUAUAUAUAUAUAUAUAUUUAUAUACAUAUAUUGAUCGGCUUUCAUUAGACCAUAUAUCAUGGUACUUGAUCCUUUAAAUUUAUACAAGCAAAAACCGGCAAAGGUACUAUUAAAGUAUUUGAAAAUGGAAGCUUUACAUAAAUUGAAUAUACUUGAAUCCAACUUUAUUGAGCCAGAUAUCGUUCUUUCUUCUUGUCCCGGCCAAAAAAAUUUUACAGAUUGUGGAGUCUUUUGUUUGCAUUAUGUAAUGAAUCUGUACAAGUAUGAUAACUACAUGACAAAUAUUCUUUUUGUAAGUAUAUACAUAUAUAUAUAAUGCAUAGAUA